GUACAUAUUUAAAGUAUGGUGAACAUGUGUGCAGUCAACGUGUCUCACCUCGGCCAAGUGUGCGCGACGUGGGGAAACCAUCACUACAAGACCUUUGAUGGAGCCUUCUUCCAGCUGCCCUCCACCUGUAAGCACGUCCUGGUGUCUCAGUGCGGAGGCAGCUAUGAGGGUUUCGCUGUCCUCAUGAGACGCUCCUCGUCCACCUCCAUCAGCUUCAUCAGCAUGAAGCUGGACGGGCUCAUCCUGGUGAUCUCCAACAGCACCGUGACCGUCAACGACAUAACGGUGUCUCUGCCACAUGUUGCGUUUGGAGUCACAAUUAAACAAACAUCAUCCGCCAUCUUUGUUGAAGCCAGUCUUGGACUGAAAGCUGUCUGGAAUCUGGACGACUCUUUAGAAAUUGAGUUGGAUCAGAAGUAUCAGAGCCAGUCGUGUGGACUGUGUGGAAACUUUGAUGGAGAUUCCAAUGAUCUCAUCAAAGAUGGGGUUCCUCUGUCUGUGGUGGACUAUGCUGAAACCUUCAAGGUGAUCGGACCCACAGAGACCUGCGGAGAACCAGAAGUGAACCCAACACCAAGCUGUGCGAAUCAGUCUCUCUGUGAGCAGAUCUUCUCCAGUGAUGCCUUCAGCGGCUGUCAGAACCUUGUGGAUUUUGGAUCCUUCACCAAAGCCUGCAAGGUGGACAUGUGCAGUUCUAAUGACACGUCAGACCUGGUCCUGUGUCCAACCAUCUCAGAGUUCUCCAGACAGUGUGUCCACGCAGGAGGAAGCCCGGGAGCAUGGAGGAACGAAACCUUCUGCUAUGAGGCAUGUCCCUUCAACAUGGAGUUCCUGGAGUGCAGCAGUCCAUGUCCCGACACCUGCUCCAACCCACACGCCAGUCAGACGUGUCAUGACCACUGCCAUGAUGGCUGCAGCUGCCCAGCAGGAACCGUGUUUGAUGACAUCGGGGACAGCGGAUGUGUCGCUGUCAAUGAUUGUCCAUGUCGCCAUGGAAACAAAACCUACAAAUCAGGAGAAUCGUACUCGUUCUACUGCAAAUCCUGCAUGUGCGAGAACGGUUACUGGUCAUGUAAGGAAAUGAACUGCCCAGAAAUAUGUUCUGUAGGGGGAGGAUCUCACAUCAACACCUUCGAUGGGAAAAUGUUCACUUUCCAUGGAGAUUGUUCCUACGUUCUGUCCAAGAGUAACGACUCUUCACACAUUGUCUUAGUGGAUCUGCUCAAAUGUAGUCUGACUGACAGCAGGACGUGUCUCAGUGCCGUCACUUUGGCCUUGAAUAGCCAAUCUGUGGUGAUUAAAGUUCAAGCAUCUGGACACGUCUACAUCAACAACAUCCUUUCUCAGCUUCCACUGUCCACACCUGAGCUGAGCGCCUUCAGGCCAUCCUCGUUCUACAUCUUCAUCAACACCAAGGUGGGUCUCCAGAUCGCCAUCCAGCUGUCCCCCAUCAUGCAGGUCUUCCUGUCAGCUUCCAGGUUCAAAACAAAUACUUCAGGACUGUGUGGAAACUUCAACAACAUGGCAAGUGAUGACUUUCGAGGGUGCAGUGGUCUGGUGGAAGGAACUGCUGCAGAUUUUGCCAACUCGUGGACAGCGUCUUCCUCCUGUAAUAUGAUCUCGACUCAGUUUGGACAUCCCUGUAGUCAGGACAUCACAAGAGAGAUUUAUGCUCAGUACUGGUGCUCCAAACUGACAGACCCCAACGGUGUGUUUGCUCCCUGCCACUCUGUCAUCAGCCCCAGCACCUAUAAAGAUAACUGUGUGUAUGACAGCUGCAUCUGUGAGAAGAGUGAGGACUGUAUGUGUGCUGCUGUCUCCUCAUACGUCCUCGCCUGCUCAGCUAAAGGAGUCCACAUCAGCGGGUGGAGGGACGUCAUCUGUGGAACCUUCAGCUCCUGUCCAGAGGGGACGGUGUACCAGUCCAACAUGACGUCCUGUGGACGGACGUGUCGGUCCCUCAGUCAGGUGGAGUUCUGGUGUCAGAACAGUUUUGUCUCAGUGGACGGCUGCGGCUGCGCUGAGGGAACCUUCAUGAAUGAAGAAGGACAGUGUGUGUCCAGAGGAAACUGUCCCUGCUACGAUAAACAUGACAUUAUUCCUGCUGGACAGGCUGUCUUCAAGGAUGGGGCCAUAUGCAUCUGCAGACACGGAGCUCUGAUCUGCUCAGGAGGAACUUCAACUCAAACUUCAUGUUUGGCCCCCAUGGUUUAUUUUGACUGUUCCACUGCUAAACCUGGGACCAGAGGGGCCGAGUGUCAGAAGUCCUGCAGCUCUGUGGACAUGGAAUGUAUCAGCACAGGGUGUAUGUCCGGCUGCAUCUGCCCUGACGGGCUGCUGUCAGAUGGAAAUGGAGGCUGCAUCAACCAGACCAGCUGUCCCUGUGUUUAUAAUGGACAGGUGUACCAACCAGGACAGACCCUCACAGUGGACUGCAACACCUGCUCCUGCAGUGGAAGGACAUUCACGUGCACAGCCAACGACUGUGACGCGGUGUGUGGGAUCUACGGAGACGGUCACUACAUCACGUUUGACGAGAAGAGGUUCGACUUUAACGGACAGUGUGAAUACACACUGCUGCAGGACUUCUGCAGCUCAGACCAGAAUGAUGGAAGCUUCAGGAUCAUCACUGAGAACGUUCCAUGUGGAACCACAGGGACCACCUGCUCCAAGACCAUCAAGGUGUUUUUGAAGGAAAAUGAAUUCCAUCUUAAAGAUGAGACCUUUGAGGUGGUGAAAGGCAACAUUCAGGAUCUCGGUGUUCAGAUGCAAAAAAUGGGAGUUUACCUGGUGGUGACGAUCAAAGCAGGACUUCUUCUCAUGUGGGACCAGAAGACCAGUCUGUUCAUCUCCCUCAGCCCAAACUUCCAGGGUCUUGUCUGUGGUCUUUGUGGAAACUACGAUGGCAACAGUAAAAAUGAUUUCACAACUCGCUCUCAGGAGACGGUGACAGAUGUUUUACAGUUUGGGAACAGCUGGAAAGUUUCCUCCAGCUGCCCCGACGCCCAGCUCAUCAGCGACCCCUGCUCCUCCAAUCGUUACCGAGCCGCCUGGUCCCAGAAACAGUGCAGCAUCAUAACCAGUCCCACCUUCCAGAGCUGUCACAACAAGGUUGACCCUGGUCCAUACUUCGACUCCUGUGUGAGGGAUUCUUGUGCUUGUGACACUGGAGGAGACUGUGAAUGUUUCUGCACCGCUGUAGCUGCCUAUGCUAAGGCCUGUAAUGCAGCGGGGGCGUGUAUCAGCUGGAGAACUCCAAAGCUGUGUCCUAUAUUUUGUGACUACUACAACUCACUUGGAGGCUGUGAGUGGCACUACAAGCCCUGCGGUGCUGACUGUAUGAAGACAUGCAGGAAUCCAUCAGGAAACUGUUCCAAACUCACUACCACCAUGGAAGGCUGCUAUCCAAAGUGUCCCCAAGCCGAACCUUUCUUUAAUGAAGAUACAAUGAAGUGUGUUUCCUGGGAUCAGUGUGGAUGUUUUGAUGACAAAGGAAUCCACCACAAUGUUGGAGAGCAGGUUCCAUCCAGCAACUGUUAUAACUGCUUCUGUACAUUAUCUGGACCACAGUGUGAUUAUGAUGUGAACUCUUGUACAUGCAUGAUUAAUGGGAAAAUUUACAACUAUGGAGAAACCAUUUACAACACAUCAGAUGGACUAGGAAACUGCAUGACAGCUGAAUGUGGGGCAAAUGGAAACGUAACAAGAUCCUUUUACAAAUGUUUGGAAAGCACUACUGCUGCCCCAACCACAACUCCAUUUACAUUCAGCACAGCUGAAAUAACUACAAAAGAAGUGACAGAAAUGAAAACUGAGCCACCAAAAACUAUGUCUACGACAAGAGUUCCAGAAACUACAGGUUCAACAGCAAGGAACACAGCAACAAGUCCAGAAAGCACAGUUGCAUUAUCAAAGCCCAGUGUCGAAACAAAAUCUACACCAGGACCGUCAGCAACCAGUAAGGAAAGUUCAACAAUAUCUGCAGAAAGUACCAUGUCACAAGCCACAGGACCAAACUUAGAGACAACAACACCUAUCAAAGAGACAUCUGGGCAAGUAACCCUGUCAACAACAGCAGUUCCUGAAACUACAGGUUCAACAGCAGGGAAGACAGCAACAAGUCCAGAAAGCACAUUUGCUUCAUCAAAGCCCAGUGUGGAAACAACAUCUACACCAGGACCUUCCACCAUUUCAAGUAUAACCACAAAGAAACCUGAAGAAACAAGUGUAUCAGAAGGUACAACUGGUCAAAUUGGGACCACAACCCCUAUCAAAGUUGUCACCACAGGUCCAGUCACAGCCUCUACCACAGUUGUCUUUGAAACAUCAACCACAGGAGCAGCAAUCCAGACAACCAAACCAGAAAUUCCAACUGGGACAUCUCAGCCUUCCACCAGUACCACAACUACACCAGCACCUUCAGCCACCAGUAAGGAAAUUUCAACAAAAUCUGCAGAAAGUACCACGUCACAAGCCACAGGACCAAAUGUAGAGACAACACCUAUCAAAGUGACAUCUGGGCAAGUAACCCAGUCAACAACAGCAGUUCCUGAAACUACAGGUUCAACCGCAGGGAAGACAGCAACAAGUCCAGAACGCACAGUUGCAUCAUCAAAACCCAGUGUGGAAACAACGUCAACACAAGGACCUUCCACCAUUUCAAAUAUAACCACAAAGAAACCUGAAGAAACAAGUCUAACAGAAGGUACAACUGGUCAAAUUGGGACCACAACCCCUAUCAAAGUUGUCACCACAGGUCCAGUCACAGCCUCUACCACAGUUGUCUUUGAAACCUCAACCACAACAGCAGGAGUCCAGACAACCAAACCAGAAAUUUCAACUGGGACAUCUCAGCCUUCCACUAGUACCAAAACUACACCAACACCUUCUCCCACCAGAAUGGAAAGUACAACAAAAUUGGUGGAAAGUACUGCGCACGAAGUCACAGGACUAAAAGUAGAGACAACACGUAUAAUAAAUACAGCCGGGCUAGUAAGUUUAUCCACAACAGCAGUUCCUGAAACUACAGGUUCAACUGCAGGGAACACAGCAACAAGUCUAGAACGCACAGUUGCAUCAUCAAAGCCCAGUGUGGAAACAACAUCUACACCAGGAUCUUCCACCAUUUCAAGUAUAACCACAAAGAAACCUGGAGAAACAAGUGUAUCAGAAGGUACAACUGGUCAAAUUGGGACCACAACCCCUAUCAAAGUUGUCACCACAGGUCCAGUCACAGCUUCUACCACAGCUGUCUUUGAAACCUCAACCACAGCAGCAGGAGUCCAGACAACCAAUCCAGAAAUCUCAACUGGGACAUCAAAGCCUUUUACACCGACAAUACCUUCUUCUUUCACAAGUGUUUUCACAAUUUCUUCAGCUUCAAUUACAACUGCUGUAACCACAAUUAACCCCACAGAAACAACUAAUAUUGCUCCUUUGACAAAGACUCUUCCAGGCAGCACAGCAGUUUWUCUUACUAGCAGAUCCACCCAGCCAACUGGAAACACAGUCUUUUCUUCAUCAUCAUAUCCAACAUCUACCUCAGCCUGUGUGUGCAUUGUUAACACAACUUUAUAUAAUCCUGGGGACCUGGUGUACAAUGUUUCUGAUGGCCUUGGUUGGUGUUAUGUUGCGUCUUGCAAUAUAUCUUGUAAAGUUGAUACACACUUCAGCCCCUGCAUACUGUCUGAAGUAUCCAGCACCACCACCUCAACUUCGCUUUUCAGCACAACAAAGGGCACAGCUUCAAGCUCAGUUCCUAAGACUACAAGCAGUUCUGGUUCUUCUCCAACUACAGUAACUUCACCAUCUACAGCUUCUCUAGACUGCAAUGAUGUGAAUCCACCUAAGGAGAAUGGAGAGUCCUGGAAGGUCAGCAACUGCUCCACAGCUACCUGCACCAAUGGAGAGGUGAACGUGACCACUGUCUCAUGUCCUACUGUUACCGAACCCAUCUGCACCAAUGGACGCAGAGCUGUGAAGAUCUACGAAAAAGACGGAUGCUGCUUUCACUAUGAAUGUGAAUGCAUGUGCACGGUCUGGAGUGGAUCCAACUAUGUGACGUUUGACGGACAGUAUUUCACAUUUGACAAAAACUGUUCCUAUUACCUGGUGAAGGAGAUCAUUUCCAAAUUUAACCUGACGGUUAUAAGGAGCCAUGACUGUGACCCUUCAGAGUCCACAUUCUGUCCUCUGGCCCUCACCAUCUUGUACCAGUCCUUCAGUGUGGUUCUGACUCAGACAGAGACCUCUGGGACAGCAGCUGUUGUGGUCUAUUUAGAUAAUAAACGUAUCUAUCCAGCCUACAGCAAUUCUUUCCUACUCAUCUAUGGCUCAGACAUGAUCGUCACAGUGGAGAUCCCAGAGAUCAACACUAAAAUAACCUACAGCGGCUCCUCGUUCAGCAUUGACCUUCCAUAUUCUCUGUUUGGGGGGAACACAGAGGGGCAGUGUGGAACCUGUGACAACUCCCUCCCCAAUGACUGCCGUUCUCCUAACGGUCAGGUGGAGUCCUGCACAGAUUCUGCAGACCAGUGGCAGGUCCCAGGUACCCCCUGUGUCACCUCAACAACCCCCCCAGUUACGACAGGACCCCUCACACCCACACCACCCACCUGCAGACCUUCGGUCUGUGAUCUGCUCACAAGCAGUAUAUUUGCACCCUGCCACACUCUGGUCUCCCCUGGACCCUUCAUACAGUCCUGUUCCUACGACGUUUGUAAUCAGAGCUGCUCUAGCCUGGAGGCCUACGCCACUCAGUGCUCCACCGCUGGGGUCUGCAUCGACUGGAGGGAGGCUACUGGYGGACUGUGUGAGCACAAAUGUCCAAACAACAAAGUGUACCUGGCCUGUGGUCCGUCAGUGGAGCCCACCUGCAACGACAGGUACAACAUGAAGUUUCAGACAGAAAUGAACUCAUYAUACAACAACACCAAGGAAGGUUGUUUCUGUCCUCCAGGAUCCACUUUGUUCAACCCGGUCUAUGACACCUGUGUCACAUCCUGUGAUUGUGUCGGUCCGGACGGGAACCCCAAGCAGCCAGGUGAAACGUGGACAAGCGGCUGCAACACCUGUAAGUGUGACUCGGACUCCAUGAGUGUUCAGUGUGUGCCGGUUUCAUGCCCAGCAGAACCGAGCCCAGUCUGCAGCGAGCCGGGUCAGCAGCUUGUGAACAGAACCGACGGCUGCUGCGUGUCACAGUCCUGUGAAUGUGACCUCCGCCUGUGUCCGUCCCCCGUCUCCUGUCCUCUGGGCUUCCAGCUCAGUGCCACCAACGGGACCUGCUGCCUGUCCUACCGCUGCGUUCCUAAAGGUGUUUGUGUUUACGACAUGACCGAGUUUCAGCCUGGAGCAAAGAUCCCAACACCUGGAGCCCCCUCAGGGACCCCAACACCUGGAGCCCCCUCAGGGACCCCAACACCUGGAGCCCCCUCAGGAACGGACCAAUCAGCAGUCAGAACUCCAUCAGGGGACCCUGUUAAACCUGGACCCUGCAUGGAGUGCACCUGUGGACCUAAAGCGGACCCCAGCACCAACCUGAACACCAUCACCUGCACACCGAUCAUCUGCAACACCAGCUGCUCUGAGGGUUUUGAGUACGAGUCCAGUCCGGACACGUGUUGUGGCCGAUGUGUUCAGAACAGCUGUUUCUUCAGCUCAGAAAACCAGACGGUCCAAACGGUCCAGGUCAACACCACAUAUGUCCCACCUGAGGACAGGUGUGUCCAGUACAGCUGUCAGARGAUCAACGGACAGUUGGUGAUGAAGGAGACCAGGACCACCUGCCCCCCCUUUGACCCCCUUGACUGUGAACCUGGCUCUGAGAGGACAGAUACUGCCGGCUGCUGCCGCUCCUGUGAGCUGAGGAGUAAGUGUGAGGUGAGCGUCCAGGCAGCACAGCUGCAGGUGAACGGCUGCGUUAGCACAGAGCUGCUCAACAUCACUUCCUGUGUCGGCCACUGCAGAAGCUCGGCCAUCUACUCUGCAGCAGCUAACUCCAUGAUGCACGAGUGCAUGUGCUGUCGGGAGGCGUCCACCCGCCAGCAGCAGGUGGUCCUGACCUGCUCAGACGGGUCCCAGGUCCAACAGAGCAUCACUCAGGUGGAGACGUGUCGCUGCAGCUCAGAGGAAUGUGCCGACAGAACCACCACCCGAAGUCCAAACCGCCGAAGACGCUGAGCGCACCUCCAGCCUUCAGCUGAUUCUUUCACGUUUCACAUUCUUUCUUCCUGCUUCUCAUCAAGUUAAUAAAAGAUUUCUGCAAAACAAA